AUGCAAAACAUCGUUACUCAAGUCUCCGAAGGUGGCUCCAGACCACUGCUGCAACAGCAAGGAAGUGAUUUGGAUUCAAACCAAGAUGCUGAGGAUUCAUUGAUUCAUCUAAAUAUCCAAGGCUCUCAUUAUUUCUUGACAAGAGAUCAAUUGAUGUCCUUGCCUGAAUCCCUAUUGCUCUGUUUGUUUCCGUCAGGGGUAUUCUUAGAUAUAAAUGGACAAGUCAUUACAAAUUUGACCCCACAGGAUGAAGUAUACAUCGCAGACUUCCCUUCUAGUUGUUUCGAAUACAUUUUAAACAUCUACUCACAGGCAUAUGAAGAUUUGGCGAAAUUCCCUUCUCAUCUCUUUUCACCAAGUCUAAAAGACAUGUACGGUAACGACAAAAAAAAUCUGUUGAAAUAUAAACAGUCUUCAGAAGAAGAUUUGUUACAUGAAAAACCUGUAAUCAUUGUAUUAAGAGAGGAUUUGGACUACUAUUGUGUCCCACAAGUGGAAUUCGAAUUUCAAGUGGAUUCUAAAAACGCACCACAAAUUACAGAAAGUGAUUUAUUACACCAUAUAAUGAGCGAAGUAAAGAUAGCUGCUGGCGACUAUCUUGCUUACAAAACCUCGAUAUUCGACGGGUUGUAUUCUUCCAACAGGCUGAAAAACGGAGAUUCGAAUUCUAUUCAUUCCAAGACUGGUAGUCCUAAUCAUAAUAGGAGUUAUAAUAAUAAUAAUAGUAAUAAUAAUAAUAAUCACGAUGGCAUAAGAUCACUAAAUUAUAAAUUGGGUGCAGCUGAACAACACUUGAUGGAUAUGCUAUGCUCUUCAGGAUUCCAAAAGGAUUCAACAUGGGAAAACAGAACCCAGGAACAUGGUAAGACCGUCAUUAGUUCAUUGUCCCUAUGCCGUAUCAAUAAUGAAACUACCGAAGAAUUCAGAGGUCAGUAUGAACAGAGAAGAGAAGAAUGGGCCAUAUCAAAUAAAGAUAAAAAUAACAACACACCGCAAUUAUAUGAUUUGGUCCCCAAGCCUGAUAUAAACACAAAGUUACUACUGUUCUGGAGGAAACCAGCACGUAAAUGUUGGUGGGGAGACGAAGAAAUAGAAUUAGAUGUAGAAGUAUAUGGUAAAAUAGUACCAUCAAAAGAAGGAUCUACUGUUCAAACAGUGAGGUUGUUCACGCCAGCUACUGACGAUGGAACUGAAUUGAACAAAAUACGUAUACCAGUAAGGAUUCAUAUACGUAGAGUAUGGACCCUAGAAUUAAGUUUGAUAGGUAUCCAAUAA